GUUAAAAUGCCUGGGCCUUAUUUCUUUGCUCACUGUAUUCGCUUCGUAUCAUCAUUUCAUUCUUCUUUCUAUACUGCGCAUUUUACUGAAGCGCAAGGUCAGGCCACCUCAAGCACAGCUUCUCCGGCGUCGUUUUUUUAUCACUAACCUAUCUAUAGAACCCAGGGUGUUUCGUGACUUGGAGAUUGUGCAUAGAGCUAAUAUUUCACUCCACUGUGUAGCAUCCUUGCACUGACUGGGAGCUUUGGCAAGCUAUGUCUGUAUGAGACUUAACAAUCUUGUUCAGAGAGAUUUGAGGAGGGAAGUAUUUUACUUUUAACGAGGAGGUUGUAGCCAGGUUUAUGAGCACAUGGAAAUUCGAGGGGCUGUAGGCUCUGCUGAUGGAACCAGGGAUCGUGCUUUGACCCCACUAAGGAUGAUAAGAGGUGUUGUGUGUUUAAUGGUGUUAGUUAUAUCAGCAUUUAUUAUGCUAGUUUAUUUUGGUUUUGUGAGUGCUGUCAUAUUGCGAUUUUUCAGCAUACAUUGGAGCAGGAAAGCCACAUCCUUUUUCUUUGGUGCAUGGCUAGCUCUAUGGCCUUUUCUUUUUGAGAAGAUAAACAAGACCAAGGUCAUUUUUUCUGGUGAAACUAUUCCUGGUAAGGAACGUGUUUUGCUUAUUGCAAACCACAGAACUGAGGUUGACUGGAUGUACUUAUGGGACCUUGCAUGGCGGAAGGGUAGUUUGGGAUACAUAAAAUAUGUCCUUAAGAGUACUUUGAUGAAAUUACCUGUAUUUGGUUGGGCAUUCCACAUUUUGGAGUUCAUCUCAGUUGAGAGGAGGUGGGAGGUAGAUGAAUUAAGCAUGCGCCAAAUGCUUUCAAGUUUUAAGGAUCCUCAGGAUCCCCUCUGGCUGGCUCUCUUCCCUGAAGGAACCGAUUUCACCGAGCAGAAGUGCAUGCGGAGUCAAAAAUAUGCAUCUGAAAAUGGUUUACCUAUCCUGAAGAAUGUGUUGGUCCCAAAAACAAAGGGCUUCUAUGCCUGCUUGGAAGAUCUGAGGGGCUCUUUGGAUGCAGUUUAUGAUGUGACAAUUGGUUACAAACCACGGUGCCCAUCUUUGUUGGACAAUGUUUUUGGUGUAAACCCUUCUGAAGUUCAUAUGCAUGUUAGGCGCCUAGCCCUUGAUGAAAUCCCAACAUCUGAAGAGAAAGUUGCUGCUUGGUUGAUGAAUACAUUCCAGCUAAAGGAUCAAUUACUUGCUAAUUUUUAUUUGCAAGGCCAUUUCCCUAAUCAAGGUACAGAAGGGGACCUCUCAACAUUGAAGUCCUUUGUAAAUGUCUUGGCCGUUAUACUGUUGAUUAGCAUGUGUACAUUUUUCACUUUUUGCUCAUCAAGUUGGUUCAAAGUUUAUGUUUCUUUAGUAUGUUGUUACUUGUCAUCUGCAACCUAUUUCAAUGUUCGUCCAAUACCACUUCUUGGCUAAUUGAACAUUGGCACAAGGUUUUGAGCUUCCAAUAUGCAGCUUAUAAGAAUUAUCCAAGGUGAAUUCCAUAUAGCACAUAAUUUUAGUUGCUUUGCCUGCUAAAGGCAUGCUUGUGCUCCUUGAAAACUCCUUGAAGUUUCUGGCAUUUUUAGAGACUGCUUAUGAACAGUCUUCUCUUUGAUGGCAUAAAUUAUCAAGUAGUUGUGUUGUUGUUAUAAGACUUGCUAGCUAAUAGCCAUGUAUAAUUAAAACAUAUCUCGACCAGUUGUGCGUGAAUUGUAUUUGGCCAAUGAUUGCCUAAAAUUUUACACAGUACAUACACUGAGUUGGUGCAUGCUAAACUGUUGAUGUUGGGCAUCACCACUUUUCUAUUUUGCUACUUUCAGAUCUAGAAAUAUUUAUUUCUAUUA